AUGGCUGCAACUCCCAAUAUGGAUCAAUUCGAGGCUUAUUUUCGCAGAGCUGAUUUGGAUCAGGAUGGUCGCAUCAGUGGUGCUGAGGCUGUUGCCUUUUUUCAAGCUUCCAAUUUGCCUAAACCAGUCCUUGCUCAGAUAUGGACAUAUGUUGAUCAAAGUCGUACCGGUUUCCUUAGCCGCCAAGAAUUUUUCAACUAUCUUAGGCUUGUUACGGUGGCGCAGAAACGAGAGUUGACCCCAGAAAUAGUGAAAGCUGCACUAUUUACGCCAGCUUCAGCUAAAAUUCCUGCCCCCCAGAUAAACCUUGCAGCCAUACCAGGUCCUCGUCCAGCGAAUAAAGUUGGUUCUGCAGUCCCGCCAGUCAGUGGUGUUGCAGUGCCUCCAGUUAGUGGUGCUGCUCCAACAGCAGCACCAAGUUUUGGCAUUAGGGGUCAACAGGGCUUACCAGUUCAGCAAAGCCAGUACAUGAGGCCCCCUCGACCAUCCGUACCCAGCACCAGUUUCACGUCUCAACCAGGUGUUCCUGGUCAAGGAAUGUCAGGUGCAGGUACCAGGGCAGCUUUUAGUGCUGGCAAUUCCUCUGAUUGGCUUGCUGGUAAUGGUGGUUCCCAAGCAGCUGUUACUUCCCAAGCUCCUAAUAUAGGUAUCAGUUCUAGAAGUCAGGAUGGAUUUGAUCAUGCUUCUCCACAGCAGAACCAACAAAAGACCACUUAUUCGGCACCACCAGGUUCAUCUAAAAUAAAUGAUUCAACUCUGCGCGGUAACCAGCCAGAUGCUAAGGAUCCUAAAGCAGUACCAGUAUCUGGAAAUGGAUUUGCAUCUGACUCGCUUUUUGGAGAUGCAUUUUCGGUUGCAUCAGUUCAACCGAAACAAAACUCCGCACCUAGUUUAUCUUCUGCUAGCAGCUUACCAGUCUCACCAGCCAUGGUCCCUGCAUCUGCAGGGUUCCAACAUCCAGUAAAGGCCAGCUCAGUUGCUUCACAAGUUGCACCUCCCCAGCAACCAGUAAACCAGCAUCAGCAAGCUCAGUUGACCGGGAGACCAAACCAACAGGUCUUAGUGCCAAGUGCUGCUGCAAAUCCUAAUGCAGCUGGAAAUUCUCGCUCUAGUCAGGCUCAGCUUCCUUGGCCAAGAAUGACUCGGUCUGAUUAUCAGAAGUACAGCAAAGUAUUUAUGGCUGUGGACACGGACAGGGAUGGAAAAAUUUCUGGCCAGGAGGCAAGGAACCUGUUUCUAAGUUGGAGGCUGCCUAGAGAGGUGCUGAAACAGGUGUGGGAUUUAUCUGAUCAAGACAAUGACAGCAUGUUGUCUUUAAGGGAAUUCUGCAUUGCUCUCUACCUGAUGGAGCGGCACAGGGAAGGUCGCCCUCUUCCUUCAGUCCUUCCAACCAAUCUUAUUUUUGACGAGUCUUUAUUGCCUGCUUCUGGUCAACCUAUCCCAUCACAUGGUGCUGUUGCUUGGAGACACACACCAGCCUCCCAGCAAACACAGGGGCCAAGGGGUGCAGGACAGAUGGCUUCUGGUGCUCCGGGGAAGCCUCCGCGUCCAGUUCCCAUUCCCCAGCUCAAUGAAGCUGUGCAGCCUGCUCAGCAAAAGCCUAAAGUUCCUGCACUGGAGAAGCAUCUUGUUGACCAACUUAGCCAAGAGGAACAGGACGCAUUGAAUUCAAAGUUCCAGGAAGCAUCUGAAGCAGAAAAGAAGGUCAUGGAAUUGGAGAAGGAAAUUUUGGAAGCAAAAGAAAAAGUUCAGUUCUACCAUGCAAAGAUGCAAGAAAUAAUUUUAUACAAAAGCCGAUGCGACAAUAGACUAAAUGAGAUCACUCAAAGAACUUCUGCUGACAAAAGAGAGGUUGAGUUAUUGGCUAAAAAAUAUGAAGAGAAAUACAAGCAGACAGGAGAUGUUGCUUCUAAAUUGACAAUUGAGGAGGCCACCUUUCGGGAUAUUCAGGAGAAAAAGAUGGAGCUAUACAAGGAAAUUGUUAAAAUGGAUCAAGAUGGCAAGACUGAUGGUAUCCAGGACCGUGCUAGUCACAUUCAGGUGAACCUUGAGGAGCUAGUAAAAGCACUGAAUGAGCGGUGCAAAACUUAUGGGUUACGAGCUAAACCAACUACACUGCUUGAGCUUCCAUUCGGUUGGCAACCAGGCAUCCAAGAGGUUGCAGCAGACUGGGAUGAAGAGUGGGAUAAGUUUGAAGAUGAAGGAUUCACAUUUGUGAAAGAGCUCACGCUUGAUGUGAAAAGCGUUAUUGCCCCUCCUAAACCAAAGUCUUCAUUGGUUCGCGAGAAAGCAUCUUCGUUAGCUGACCAUGAUUCUGGAAAAUCAUCAGCUGAUGCUGACACUGAUGCAAAGAUAGAUAAGCUGCCAAGCCACGUACAAGCUAGAGAAGUUAGUGACAUGGAAUCUGCACAUGGACGUCAUCAAACAGCAAGAAGUCCAACUGAUAGUCCAUCAAGGAGCAAUGCAGUUGAGAGCCCGUCAAAACAAUUCCAAGAGUCUGUCCACAGGAAGGAUGUCAAUUUUGAUGGUUCACCCCAUGCUGCCCAAGGUGAACACUGGGGUACUGAAUCUGUGUUCUCGAGGGACAAAGGUUUUGAUGAAUCUGGCUGGGGUACGUUUGAUACCAACUUUGACACUGAUGCUGCAUGGGACGUUAAUUCUGUUGCAAAGGAUUCAGAUAAUGACAAUCUCAAGGAAUCUUCUCUUUUUGGAGCUGAUGAUUGGGGCUUAGCCCCUAUUAAAACGGGGUCCAAACAGUCUGUUAACACGCUACCGAAGCAAAGCCCAUUCUUUGAUUCUGUUCCUAGCACCCCAAGUUACAAUGCUGGGUUAGACAACACAUUCCCGAAGCAAAGUCCUUUCUUUGAUUCUGUUCCUAGCACCCCAAGUUACAAUGCUGGGUUAGACAACACGUUCCCGAAGCAAAGUCCUUUCUUUGAUUCUGUUCCUAGCACCCCAAGUUACAAUGCUGGAUUCAGUUAUUCAGACAACACGUUCCCAAAGCAAAGCCCUUUCUUUGAUUCUGUUCCAAGCACACCAAGUCAAAAUGCUGGAUUCACUCAGACUGAUACCUUGUUCUCGAGGCAAAGUCCCUUCUUUGAUUCUGUUCCUAGCACACCAGCUUAUAAUUCAGGAGGCUCACCAAAUGCAGAUAAUAUGUUCCAGAAUAAGAGUCCAUUUGCCUUCGGUGACUCAGUUCCAAGCACACCAAUGUACAGUUCUACAAACUCACCUCGAAGACUUAGUGAAGGGUUUGAAGAAAACUCAAACAGCUUCUCCAGAUUCGAUUCCUUUAACAUGCAGGAUAGUGGUCCCUUUGGCACUCGUGACUCUCUUUCAAGAUUUGAUUCAAUGCGCAGCACCAGAGACUCUGACUACGAUCAUGGUUCAUUCCAGCAGCGGGACUCGUUUGCUAGAUUCGAUUCAUUUCGCAGCACCGCAGACUCUGACUAUAAUUUUGGGCUCUUUCCUCCUCGCGAGUCACUUAGUAGGUUUGAUUCCAUGAGUAGCACCAGGGACACGGAUCACGGUCAUGGUUUCACAUCUUUUGAUGAGGCAGAUCCAUUUGGGUCAAAUGAUCCAUUUAAGACAUCAGCGGAGAGUCAGACACCAAGAAGAGAUUCUGAUAGUUGGAAAGCGUUUUGAUGGGAUCAUGGAGUCCUAGUACGAACUCCUCUUUUAUUCUAUUUCUUUUUAUCUUUUGGCCAGUUUGUUGUUUGUAGGUAUGUAAUGUUGUGACUAGAUAAAGAUGUGUGCGGCAUGCGUUAGCAUCGCGAUAAGCUGUGUUGUAUUAUUUUAUUAGCUUGAUUUUUUAUUUUUAUUUUUUCUUGUGAAUUUUGACCUCGUCUACCACAUAAUUUUUUCGGACUUCAAGGUGGACAGAACUUUUGCUGGUUCACCCAUAUUGAAUGUAUAAAGUGUAUAAUGAACAUUUUUAAUCAGUUGAUAUUGGAGAGGUAUUUUGGUCUA